GAUCGAAAUACCUUAACAAGAAAGAUAAAGAAAGCACUAGAACCUGGGAAAAUCUAAAAUCUCCGUCUUAACAACUCUGUCGAACAACUUCAAUUCUAGCACACCUCAAAGCGGUAAAAUACUUUGAAAUGAGGUAAAUCUCUGAGAAUGUGGAGAAGAAAAGGUAGAGAAGGAAGAAGUUGAAGCAACUCAGUUAUACUAAAAUAUACACUGAUGGGUAUGGGAAUGGAACCUUAAGUAGUUCGUAAGGCAGUACUCGUAUUACAGUGUCGCUACAUGAAAUAUUUCCGUGCUGAAGAAGUUCACAGUCAUACAUUUGAGAACAUGGGACCUUACUGUUUAUUGUUAAGUUUUGCUUUUAGAUUUUUCAUUGACUAUAGAGGCCAAAGGUGCUCCUAAUUUUUUUUUUUUUUAUAAAUAAAGUAAGUAGUGGGUUCAGAUGCGCUUGUCUCACACUUUUAACAAAUAUCUACAUUACUCCCGUAACAACAAUAAGUUUUUUGGGCGAGUUCAACGUUUAUACAAAAACAAAAAUAAAAACGAAUCACAUACAAUAGCAUCUUUUUGUGAAUAAAAAAUGCAAUUAAUUGCUUUUUGAGCUCGAGCGUUGAUUAAAAUUUAGAUUUCAAAACGCUGCAGCAUUUAGUCUGCCGCUCGAUAAGCUAAGCGAUGGUUGUAAAUAAAUGUUGUUUGUAUAAAUAAAAUAAUUACAAAACACACGAUGAAUAUUAGAAUAUUGCUCAUCUCAUACUUCAGUGUAUUGACUAUACGCAGUACUGGCGUGUCUGGUUUGCGAAAAACCCGAAAAGUGCACGGACAAGGUCGCAAUCCGCAUGCCGGCAUUCAAUCGCCGUCUGGCGAUUAUGACAUACAACCAGACCCAUUCUCUACAUACAGCAAUGGACAAGGCAAAAGCAACGGACAUGGAAAUAAUGGGCGUGGUAAUAGUGCUAAUAAGAAUAAAGGUGGGAAUAACAAAGGUUUGCAGGGUUUCGUUUUGGCCACUGAGUCGGACAACAGUAAUACGCCGACUGACUGUACAAAUCCCAAUGGACCUGGUAAUGGACAUGGACGUGGACAUGCUUAUGGUCACUGUCGCGGUAGGGGUAAUAAUAAGUUCGGUCCGAAAUCACCGCCACCAGGACUUUACAAACGUUUUGCCGCUAUCUAUAAUAAUGUUGAAAGAAAAGUCCAUGGUGCGGCUUACGAUGAGGCGCUCGAAAAUGAUGACGUGAAUGAUGAUUUCAAUGGAAGAUCGAUUGUGGCGCCAGGACAAUAUCCGCACAUGGCCGCCUUAGGUUUCCGCUCCUUCGCCGACAGCUACGAGUACAAAUGUGGUGGCAGUUUAAUUAAUGAGUUGUUCGUUUUAACAGUAGCACACUGUUGCUAUCACAGCGGCCAACAGCCCGAGACCGUUAAGGUGGGCGACAUCAAUCUGAAAAACGUUGACUUCGAUGAAGUAUUCCAAGUGCGUCCUAUUGCCGAAGUGCAGGUGCAUCCUUUGUACAACUCCUCGUAUUACUAUCACGACAUAGCACUGAUACGCUUAGCGCAGCCCGUGGUCUACACGAAUUUCGUGCGGCCAAUACGCUUGUGGGUUAGUGACGAUAUUCCUUAUAAUAAACUUCAUGCAAUGGGUUACGGUUCGACCGCUUUCGCGAAGGCUCCCACAAAUAUCUUGACCGAGCUGGAGUUGUCCAUUGUGCCCUUGCUGCAAUGCAACCAAGUUCUGCCUUCGGACUCUGGGGUACCGGAGGGAGUACUGGAUUCACAGAUUUGUGCUAAGGAUUACGAGCGGAAUCGUGAUACAUGUCAGGGAGAUUCUGGCGGACCACUGCAAUUGAACCUAAUGCGUAAAAAUAGGAAGCAUUUUCGCUACUAUUUAAUCGGAAUGACCUCGUAUGGCGAGUUUUGUCGCAGCGCAUAUCCGGGAGUUUACACGCGUGUUUCGUCGUAUAUUGAAUGGAUCACAUCGGUUGUUUGGCCAGAUGACUACGACAGUUAUUUUCCAGAACAAUUACAAUAGUUGGGCAACGACAUGCAGCAAAUAUGAGUAAACAUUUUCUUUACUCAAUGUUACUAAGGAAAUGUACAGUUGUUUAUUAAGUCAAUACA